AUGCCAACGCCGGCGCUCCUGUCCGCCCUGCGCGGCGCCGGCCGGCAGCAGAUCACGGCUUCCACCCUCCGCUCACACGCCACGGGCUCCCAUGUCUUCAGGGUUGAAGGGUUCACGCGACUUAGAGAGAAGGUGGUCAAUGGCUCCCCCGUCACAUCAAGACCGUUGCACGUUGGUGGAUAUGAUUGGCUUAUCCAGUGCUACCCAAACGGCUACAAGAAGAAGUCCAAGGGUUGUAUCUCCCUCUACCUCCUCCGGCACGACAACCAUGCUAAGACCGGUGCCGUCAGGGCAUCGUACAAGAUGAGCAUACUCAACACCUGCUGGAAGCCAUCGUGCACUCGUACCUCGUUAGAAGAAGAGCACUACACGAACAAUGCUUUGGGCUGGGAAGAAUUUAUGAAACACGAAGAUCUGGACAAGGAGAAGCACCUCAAGGACGACUGCCUGUACAUCCUCUGCGACGUCUCCGUUGACCUCGGACUGCACACCGGCGAUUACAGUGAUGAGAUUGCUGCGGCGGAGGAGACCAAGCCGGCGCCGCCUGAACUCGAAGUGGCCAUCUGGAAUAAGCAGGCAUCAGACGUCAAGACUAAUGUCAGUGCACACAGGUGGCUGAGGUUGAUCUGUUGGCCCUUUCAAGAUUAA